AUGGGCGAAAUAGAGAUAGAAAAUAGUGUAAUUAUAAUUCAAAAAUGGGUUAGAGGGUGGCUCGUAAGGAGACAGCAUAUAGAUUUUUUUAAAAAAAUUAAAAUAAGAAAAUUUGUUAUUAAUGAAAUUAUUGGUACAGAAAAGAAUUAUAUUUCAAAGAUAAAUCAUUUAUUGGAGCAUUUAAAGAAACCAUUAUUAGAGAAUUCAUCAUAUUCAAAAGAGAUAAUUUAUGGAAUUUUUUCAAAUAUUGAUGAGAUUAGAGAUCUUCACAUCGAUAUAUAUAAUAGAUUGAUUGAAGCUAAACCAUUAGUAAUAACUGAAGUCUAUUUAGAAAUGAUUUCAAAAUUUACAAUAUAUUUUCCUUAUGUUAAAAAUUAUAAUAAUGCAUAUAAAAUUUACACAGAAUUAUCAGAGGACGAAGAGUUUUUAUCAUUAGCAGAACAAUUUGCAUAUUUACCAAGUUACUUAAUUUCACCAGUUCAACAUACACCAAGAUAUAUAAUGCUAUUUUCAGAGCUUACUAAAAAUACAAAUCCUCAAAACCCAGAUCAUCCAAAUCUUUCAAAAUUAAUUCAAUUAAUAAGAGAUAUGGCAAAACAAAUUAAUGAUUGUAUAACAUCAAAUGAUAAUGAUGAAGAAGAUGACAUUGAUAUAAAUUCAUUUAGUAAAUCAUCAACAAGUCAAAGUUCAAAUAGUCGUGGUAAUAUAAUGAAAAGACCAGCAUCAGCAUCAUCAAAAAGAAAACCAAGAAAUAGUAUUGCAAUGCAUAAGAAGGCAAUCGAUGCAGUUUUGUCAGAUUCGAGCGGAGCAAGUGCAAAUAACGAUUAUUCACAUCUCCCUUCCUAUUUAAGACCUACUUUGGCAUCAUCAGCAUGGUCAAGGUCUAAAGUAGAGUAUUCACCAUCACCAAAAUGGAGAUUUUCGAUGAGCAAUAGUAUUUCCGACUCAUUUGAUCCCUCAAUACCAUUAGAACCUUACACAGAUAAAAAUUCAAACUCAACACCAAAAAAAUUAACCAACAAUUCAUCUUCAUUACCACCUUGGAGACCUGCUUCGAAAUCUGUAAGUUCAGUUGCAGAUAAUUGUACAAAAAUAACAAAAAAAACACUUUUUACUCGUCCAGUUUCACCACCACCAAAACCAAAUUUUCACAUGCCAAUUACUUCUACAGCACCCAGUGGGAGUAAUGGGAGUAAUGGAAAAGGGAUACAACAACACCAACAACCACAAACCCAACAACAGGCCCCAAUAUUAAAACCUUUACAAACUUUAGCAAAUAAUGAAAUUCAAUUAAUACCCUCAUCGUCAUCGUCAUCUUUAAAACCACCACUUUCACCUUCUAGAAACUCACCAGUUUACCCAUUUUCAAAUGAUAAAAAUAUUCCCAUAAUGGAGAAAAUUUCAAUAAGUGAUAAUAAUUCAACAAUAAUAGUAAAUACAAAUUCAACAUCAGUCAUUUCAUCAGCAACUAUAACUACCACAUCAGUAACAUCUAAAUCUACAACAAUAUUAUCAAAUAAAUCAUCUACAACAGCAUCAACUUUGACAACCAAACCAGGUGUAAAAAAAUCAUUAUCAUCAACAAAUAUUUUUAGUCAAACUCAACCACCAACAAAAGGUUCAUCAUCAAAUGUAACAUCAUCUCCUAUUUCAAGUUCUACAACUGUUAAUAAUCAUAAAUCUCCAGAAAAAACAGCUUUGUCAGUUGUUAUUUCAACACAAUAA